CAGUUUGCUCACCUUCCGAACAGACGUUUUCAGAGGCUAUAGCCGCCGGAAAGGACACUCAGAUGCCACAGUUCAAUGACACCAACGUCAAGUAGUAAAGAAAGUGGCCCGUCAAAACUGGCGUCGCACUCACGGACAGUGUUCGAAUCCUUGCUACAUUCGCCCUUCACCUUCACGGACCAGCGUGUGCAGCAAGGCACACGUCGCGAAGAGCAUUUGUUUAUGAUUUCGGUUUGAAAACAAUAAGUGAAGACAGAAAAGCUAGUGUCUGACAAGUGUGUGUGCUGCGGUUAUGUGUGUCCGUGGACAGCACCUGCGGGACGGGCGGGGCUUGGCGGCCGCCGUUUCCGGACGUGGUGAGGCAAAUGCUAUGUAGCAACAAGGUUCACUGGGUGCUUGCUGCUUGGCCUGGUGAGGGGGGGUUACAACAGGCUCGAGCCCCACCCACCAUGCCGCCCUCAGGAACUCCUAUGUGGCGCUGUGUCACGCCCUGACCUCACUCUAGUGGUAAGCCGUCCUGCUGCCCGUCAGGCCGUGGCUGUGGAUCGCCUUGUUAGAAAAAAAUACAGUAUUUAACUUAUUUUAUCUCAUAAUUGCAUCGCGCACCUUGGGCACGCUUCGCUUGGGCCCUACACCGCCGCUUGGUGGUCGUCAUGGCAACCAGACGGAGCCAACAGGAUGGCAAGUCAAGUGCGCACGUGACGGAGGGGGAGGGCACGCAGCAGAGAACACUUGUAUCCCCUUCUGCGGCAUCCUUAACACCGCUAUUGUCAUCAUCAUCGUCAUCGUUGUCCUCGUCGUCAUCGUCAUCGUCAUUUACUUGGGACGACUCAGUAACCGAGAGCGACACGUCAUGUUCGCCUCCUCCAAGUCAAGUCUCCGCCAGUCCGGCCACCACCCAGGCCUCUGGCUCCUCAUCAUCCCCUCCCGUCCGUCUGGCUGCUCCUCAGGCUGGGAGGGGGACGGCAUCCCUCACCCCAACACCCAGUCUUGCUGCCCCACCCCCUCGCCAGGUCCAGACAGUGACACUGGUUACGCCAUGUGGCAGCGCAGGCAGUGUGGCGUGUGGCGGUGCUACAGGAGGAGAAAAGACAGGGUCUGUGCGUGACACUAACAGUAUGAACUUCUGUGCCACUCCUCCCAACUGCAGUGCCUCGCUAAACACUGCCACGGCCCCACUCACACGACCUAAAGCGCCUUCUCAGAUAUCUUCAAGUGUAGCCUCUCCUCCCAACUGCAGUGCCUCGCUAAACACUGCCUCGGCCCCCACUCACACGACCUAAAGCGCCCUCUCAGAUAUCUUCAAGUGUAGCCUCUCCUCCCCAUCCUCCUCCCGUGUCCAGUAGCCACGGUGGUAGUCGGCUUCCAGCUCCGUCAGUCCCUUGUUCUCUCGCCUGCACUAACAACUACCAUAGACUGUCCAAGGAAUUACAUCAAGCCAAGGACCAAAUCUUCGCCCUGUCUGUCCAGAUGGCAGAGCAGUCAUCCCACAUCAGCAAACUCAUGGAAGAAAAUAGAAGAUACAUCAGGGAAAAUGGGAAACUGAAAAAGAAGUCUGCGUCCCGAUCUGGUGCCACGCUGCUCAGCCCCAGGAACUUUGACCAUUUUGGCAGCCACGGCAGUGAUGGGAGCAUGAGAAACGUUGGCGGGGAGUACCAACAGACAGACGGGAUGUUGACGGAACUGCAAGACCGCGUGAUGGCGCUGCAGCUUCACAACGACGAAUUAAACGUUUGCUUGGAGAGGGAGAAGAGGAGACGACGAGAGGCGGAGGCGAGAGUGGAGCGAGACGAGGGUUACAUUAAGCGCUUAGAAGACAAUGUACAGGCGCUAAGGGGAACUCGGGUGGUCAUGGAUUCCUCUGCCUAUCGACAGUUGGCGGAAGCAUAUAUUGCCUCACGCCGCCCACCUGCUCGACGUCCACACAACCACGUGCACCCUGGCUCAGACCUCGUGUGUGACUCCUCGUCCAACACUUCCCUGGACCUUCCAGAGACGUCUUUCCAGACCUCCAGUUGUCCCUCCUCCCCGAAGUCAGAUCUCUCCGUUUCCUCCUCCACUUCCUCCUCCAUGUACCCUGCGGACCCCCAGCUUUUUCCCGCCGCCGCCAGGAGAAGUGGCAGCGUCAGGGGUCCGAAGGAGAGGAACAGCGGUGAGCGGGCCGGUAGGCAAUUGGGAGGAGCCCCUAUGAACCCGUGGGACUACCAGCAACUCUUGGAGAGCCUUGAGGACCUGGAUGGAGGCAGCAGAGGAGCCUUAUCUUGAGCCCAAGCCUGAAGGAGUAGCCGAGUAUUCUCUGAAAUCUACUCGGAGCAAAAAGAACUAUGGACAAGAAUCCCAUGACAUCCUGCAAAUGUUGCACGGAAGCUUCAAUGAGGUGGCACUCCCUGUGUCGAAGUUUCCGUCAUCCUCGUGCCGGACCUUCACGCGUCACCACGAGGGGAAAAUUGCGACAGCAAGUUGAGAAGUUGAGAAGCAGGAUAUAAGAUUUCGAUGCUUAUUUGAAACCGGAGCUUCAAGGAGCUGCUGCUGACAGUCGACUUUCUUUGAGCUCCAAGCCUGGCCUGUCCUCUUCCUCCUCCUGCCCUAGUUGUGAUUCCUGUGUGUGGUGUUACCAUUGAUCAUGGCGACAUCUUUGUGGAAAUAUAUCUGUGUAACCUCCGCGUUCGUGAAACCAUAACAUGGUAGUCAGAAAGGAGGGAGAAAUAGUUUUGGCUGCACAUGAAGCCCAUUUGAACCCAAAGCUGUAAGUGUUAGCUUGCUACCAGCUGGUGGAGUUAGGCUCGAAUAUAGCCAAGUCAGUACAGCUACAUACAGAUGGAACAAGUUGUAGCAAAAUGUGCAUUUGAUGCAAGUGAUUCUUCCAUGCCUGAAAUACUCAUUAGACUCGUAAGGUUUAAUUUCUGCUCGGUAUCUUGUUCGACUCGUUUUCAUUGAAACAGUCCAGACUAGUUGGUCUGCCAGCCAGCCCAGUGCACUGUGAUGAGUGUGUCGUGGUCCAAGUUUUCAUUUGAAGACCUGAAAGCUUCCGUACAUUACUGAAUGUCUUGAAGACACAAAACUCUUGAGCAUUUGUUGUGUCCUGAUGCAGAUGAACGAGAUGCAUUGGUACUGAAAUGAAGGCUUGGUAACCACUCGGUGUGACAUAGGACGUGUUGCUUCUUUGUGUCAUAGCGGUGGUGUGGAAGCUCCAGCCGCUCUGGUGACGGGGCGAGACAGAGAGUAAGUUACAAUCUAUUUCUUUUUACUUGGGUGCAGCUGCAAUUUGAGACUGGAAGAGAUGGGAAAAUGUGAUGGGAAAAAUCCUCUAGUUUUUUUUUCUCAUGACAUGGAAAUACAGUGUACGUUACCAAAUGCCAGACGCUGCCAUUGUUUCUUCUAUCGUCAUUAAAUUAUUAAAAUUCUCCUUCUCCAUUUAUUUUUUUUAAGUCAUCCUCGAAAUGCGUGUGUGGUGGUGUGGCAGUCUCCUCCUUAUGAAUGGUGUUCGGCUGGUGCCUAGAAUAUACUGUGAGGAAAAAAAGAAAGGAACGCAAAAAGAAAUACACGAGUUUUUUUUAGCAAAUGAAGGCGUGGAAGAAGCUGAGACGCCAGGCCAGACCAGAUCUUCGCAUGUACACCUCGCCAAGCCAGCCCGCGCGUCACAGUAAACAUUUCUCACCAUUAUCAUCACAACAUUUAUUAUUAUCAUUCACGAACAGUCACUUUUGAAUCCACUGUAACACAAAGGUCCCUCUCUUUCCCCCGCCCUCCUCUGCUGCAUAGAUUAGCACCCACGGUAAGUAUCACUGCAGUUGUUAUAUUGUUGAGUUUAUGGUCGUAUGUUCCCCCUUCAUCCUUUUUUCUUCCCCUCCACUCUCACACAUCCCCCUCCCCAUAAUUACCCAGUACAAACAUCCACACAACAAUUUCACUCUCAUCCUUCACCCUUCUCCAGCCUUCACAACUAACACCAGUCAAUUAGUCAUUAACCGUCUAACUACUAUGGCUUCUCCAAGUUUGGUUAAUGGUUUCGUGAACUUUAGUAGUAGUUGUAACUGUUGUAAAAGUGAUUUUUUUUUUUUUUUUUUUUUUUUUUUGUGUGUGUGUGUGUGUGUGUGGAGAACAUGCGUUGUCAUCCAAACCUCAUGUAAUUAUUGGGCGUUGAAAACAACAUUGAAAUCAUGAUCCAGAUUGUUGUCUUGGAUUACUGGAGUAAGUAUAUUUUAAUUACUGUUAAGAUUCUCAGUUAUACUCGUAAAGCAAAAAAUAAAAUAAAACAUGUUAAUAGUACGGAUAUAUAGUAUAUAAGCAAACGAUGUCAGGUUUUUCCUUCAUUUUUAUUGCAUCAAAUAAUAGAAAUAUAAAAUCCUUUCUUGUACAAAAGAAUAUUUUUUUACGAAAAUGUUUUAAUAAAAGGAUUGUUUUCAAAGGCUGCAGAGAUGAUUAGUUCGUCGAAUUCUUAAGCUUUUUUUCAUUGAAAUAAAAAAUACUUAUUGAGCUAUCACUACAAUCAUGAAAACAGCCUUGAAAACCCCCAAACAUCCACAAGUCUCUUAAAAGCAGUCAAGACAAGGAUGCCAAAACCUUUGAGAAUGCGGUCCACAUUUCCUAGAGCGGAAGAAACGUGUGUGGAAAAAAAAAAAUCACUCGCUUCCAACUCUGUGUAAUGGAUGUAAGAGUUGUGUAUAAGCCUCCUCUCCCGCAUGCUUUAUAGAGAAAACGUUGUCUGUUGAACAUGUGUCAGUUUGUCUCAAAAUAGAUAUGGUAAGGUAUAGUUUAGUUUCCCUUUAUUAACAUUACAUUCUCUAUCAUCUUUCGUUUUCUAGUACCAGGUAAACACUUAUAGGAGCGGACCCUUGCCUAAUCGGAGGGCCAGUAUUUUGCAAUGCUUUCGCUUUCAUCAGGACUGUUUUCAAAAGCCACAUUAUAAGUCUGGGAUGAUACUGAAAUAGCAUUAGAUUUCCUAUCCGAGGGCUAGGUUAAGUAAGUUAGGUUACGUUUAGAUUAAUUCAGUUCAUAAAUUUCAUUGCUAACCCUUACUCUGUGUAUAUCUUCAAUAAAGAAAACAAAAAUUGCUAGGAAAUAGAUCGUCAGUAAGCAAAGAUUAUUUCCUUAAUUCCCUCAGCCUGUUUUUUCACGAGUGUUUUUGCCACUGAUGGUGCAGAAUCCUUGUUUAAACAUCACUGAGCCACAACACCCUGAAAAUCUUGUAACUUUUGCUAGGGUCUGUUGAGAGUAGUCCAGCUAAGGCACUAAAACGUUAGAGAAAUAGGUUCCUUAGUGUCAUUGCUGGGUACAAAUAGGUCUCGUUAGGAACACACGCAACACAGCGCGUGGUAAUUUAAAAAGAAAAUAAAUAAAUGAUGAUGAUGUUAAUAAUAAUAAUAAUAAUAAUAAUAAUAAUAAUAAUAA